UUUAUCCAUUUGUGGCUGUGGUAACUAGUGACGAGUUUGGGCCCUCAGCCCACUAGCAGCGGCACCUUUCCAAGAUGGCAGCCAACAGUAGCAGCACGGUUAACAAACCCAGCAGCAGUACCGGGGGGAAACAGUCAGGGCCGUCGGCCGAGCAGGUCGUGGCUGCAUUCCAGAGGAUGCGCACGGAGCAGCGCAGCAUGGCCUCCAAGGCUGCAGAGUUGGAGAUGGAAAUCAAUGAGCAUAGCCUAGUCAUUGAGACCCUAAAAGACGUAGACCCAACAAGGAAGUGCUUCCGGCUGGUGGGUGGGGUGCUCGUGGAGAGGACAGUUAAGGAAGUCUUACCAGCUCUGGAAAGCAAUAAAGAACAGAUCUCAAAGAUUGUAGAAUCCCUCAACACACAGAUGCAGUCGAAAGGCCGGGAGCUCACAGAGUACCGGGAAAAAUACAACAUCCGAUUGGUGGGAGAAGGGGAGGAAGGCCAGGGCAAAUCUGCAGCGUCCUCCAAUGGGGGCGAAGGGAGCGCAUCUAAAGGCGGUGCCGGCGUUCUAGUUUCGUAGCUUUGUGAAAAGGCUUUAGUAAAAUAGGAAAUUGUGCAGAAUGCCAUCAAGCAUCGAGUCAGCACAGACCCUGAAAGGCAUUUCAAGGGCCCGAGUUUUACGUAUGUCUUGCAUGAAGGUUAUAAACCAAUGUUACAAGGGCCAGAUUCUCAAGACCAUUCAAUUGAGAUAAAUGAAGCCAUGUGUUAUUGAAUCUUUUUCACCUAUAGUUAAACAAAACUUUAGCCAACAAUUUACUUACUCUGGUUUAUUUUCUCUUCAGACAUGAACAAGCCUUUCGCCUUUUACUCGAGGCAGUGUUUCAUCAAAAUCUUACGGGAUGAUAGUUGUAUUAAACAACAUGCCUUCUUGAUGACCA